UGGAACGGCUGUGCUCGAAAAUGCUCUCUGCUGGAAACAGCGUAUCGGCCCCAGGCCGAGGAUCGUCGACCCCGUUUUUGAACGAAGAUGCAAGUUACAAAGUUGUCCUCCCGCGUCUACCAACCGGUAACGACGUUUUGAAUUCUGUCUUCCUUCAUGCGGACUUGAGUGGCAGACCAUACCGUGCUCCUGACUUCCGAGACGCUCUGCUUGAGGUAGUGAAUACUUCAGAUAUUGUAGGUGUCGGACAGUAUCAAAUGAGCCAUGUAUGGAUGGUUACUUGCGCUAGUAGUGCGGCAAAACAAACUCUCGUCGCUUGUGGUGAGCUCCGUGUCAAAGGGCUGAAGUGCAUGGUGAUAGAUCCGGAGACUAAAAACAUCAAGCUUAAAUUACUAUGGCUUCCACCUCACCUUGAACCACGACGCGUUGAAGAGGCGUUCCAGAGCUAUGGUCAGGUGAAGUCGGUGGAGAGAGAAGUAUGGAGGUGCACUGGUAUGGAACAGUGGGUGACAACAAACCGGGAGGUUUCCUUGGUGCUCAAGGACACUAUCACCGUAAGCUCAAUACCGCACAUUAUGUCCAUUUAUGGACAUCAGUGCCUCGUACUUAUCCCCGGUAGGCCUCCGCUGUGCCUUCGUUGCAAGCGUGUGGGACACGUUCGUCGACAAUGCAGAACACCGAGAUGCUUACAGUGCCGCCGAUUUGGUCACUCAGCGGACGCCUGCGUGUCCACAUACGCCAAUAAGCUUCGUUCUGGGCAAUAUAACGCAGACGAGCCACAACUGGACCAUCUCAUGGAUUCUACAGAGGUAGUAGAUGCCACCGGAGAGACUACAGGUGGCAUUAGGGACGAAGACCAGGAGUCCUUGAAGCCAACGCCAAGCAGUCACAACAGCCCAAGUAAUACUAGCGAGGCUACAGGCGAGGAUGACUCAGUUUGCCCACCUGGCCUAGCAAGCCUUAAAGAAAAAACGGCAGGCCUGUGCGGAAUCUCAAAGCUCGUACUCGUCUACACAACACGCUGUCGCGACUGA